GCCGGCCACGACUUCCGGCCAGAGCCGCGGGCGCGCUCUACUCUGAGUGGGUGUCGGCGUCAAAAUGGCGGCCAGGGCGCCAAGUUCGAGUCUUUGAGGGAGCGAGGCGAGCGGUUGGCGAAGGAGAGGCGGCGCCGGCGCCAUGGACGCCUCGGCCUGCAUGAAGUCGCUGCUUCUGGCCGCCUCCCAGUAUCGGGCUGCGCGCACCCAGCCCAACGCAGCGCUGUUGCAGCGGAGCCUGGAGGUUAUCUCAGGACUGAAACUGACAAGAUUGUUUGCAUCAAACCAGAUUUUACCAAGUGAAUGUCUGAGCUGUUUGGUAGAACUCAUUGAAGACCCAAAUACAAGCCCUUUGUUAACCCAGAAUGUGGUAGGCUUGCUCUCUCAGUUAGUUCUGGACAAUGAGACUAGAGAAGCCCUUCAGAAUACUUACAAUCUGAGUAGUGUUCUGUCAGGUGUGAUUCAUCGGAGUUCUGUCAAUCUUCUCGAUCCAGUAUUAAUACAGAGUAUUCAGCUGCUACAAAAAUUAACCUACAAUGCAAGAGUAUUCCAUGCUAGUGCCAAUACUGAUGAAUUAAUUUCAUUUCUUAUGCAUCGUAUUCAGUCCACAGAAGAUGAGUUAACAAUACCAUGCCUAGGACUUAUGGCAAAUCUGUGUCGGCACAAUCUAUCAGUUCAAGCGCAUCUCAAAUCAUUGACUAACGUGAAGGGUUUCUAUCGUACCCUGAUCAGUUUCUUGGCCAACAGUAGCCUAACAAUGGUUGUAUUUGCACUUUCAAUAUUAUCAAGUCUUACGUUAAAUGAAGAAGUUGGAGAAAAGCUUUUCCAUUCGAGAAACAUUCAUCAGACUUUCCAGUUAAUAUUCAACAUUCUUGUGAACGGUGAUGGAACACUAACAAGAAAGUAUUCUGUUGAUCUGCUCAUGGAUCUCCUGAAGAAUCCCAAGAUUUCGGACUAUCUUACCAAGUAUGAACAUUUUACAUCCUGCCUCAGCCAGGUGUUGGGCCUCCUUCAUGGAAGGGAUCCAGAUUCUUCAGCAAAGGUGUUGGAGUUGCUUCUUGCUUUUUGUUCAGUAACAGAACUUCGUCAUGUGUUGUGUCAAGCAAUAUUAGAGCCAAAUACAGCAAGCUGUGGAAAUUCAAGACUCGCAACACGAUCUAAGCCUUCAGAACCAUCCGUUGUCUUAGUGCAUUGGUCAAACCAACCAUUGGAAGCAUCUGAAAGCUGUUCAGGUCUUGCUUUGGAGCUGUUCAGGGAGAUAUUUGAGGAUGUAAUUGACACAGGUAACAGUGCUGUGGCUGAACGCUUCGUGGACCUUCUUUUGCCUGUCCUUCUCGACCAUCUCCAGUUUCCAGAUCAGACACUGGAAGACCAGUUGGCAAAGAAGAAAUGUGAAAGAAUGAUCAAAGCCAUCGAUAUAUUGAUUACGCUUUGUGCAGAUGAUAUACUAAAAACGCACGUUACUGAAGCUAUAACAGCUAGCAAAUGUACCUCUUUAAUAGAACAGCAGUUUACAUGCAGUGGGAUUGACUUCAGCUUUGGGGCAAAGGUAAUGGACUCUGAACAGAGCACGCUUGCUGCUGAUGUAAUUUUAAAAACCCUGGAUCUUAUGAGCAAACUUAAGCAGCUGGUUCCUAGCAUGGAAGUCAGCUUUUACAAAGUUCUUCAGGAUCAACGUUUGGUUACACCUUUGGCUUUUGCUUUAACAUCAGACCACAGAGAGCAAGUACAGGCGGGACUUAGAAUACUGUUUGAAGCAGCACCACUGCCAGAUUUUCCAGCUAUAGUGCUUGGUGAAAGUAUUGCGGCUAAUAAUUCUUACAGACAACAGGAAGCAGAACAUGCCUCUAAAAGAAGCCACUUGCAAUCAUCCAUGACCUGUGUUAACUCAAUGAAGUGUUCCUUUGUCUGCCCUCCAAAUGAUGAUGCUGCAACUUUCAACAUACAGGACCUGAUACAGAAACUUCAAUCUGGUCUGGAGAUGAAGGAAUCAGUCACAGAUGUGAGGGUAUCUGAAAUAAUGGAUGUGUAUGAGCAGAAGUUAUCUGCAUUAGCAUCCAAAGAAAGCAGGUUGCAAGAUCUUUUGGAAGCAAAGGCAUUAGCUCUUGCUCAAGCUGAUAGACUUAUUACCCAGUAUCGCUGUCAGAGAGCUCAAGCUGAGUCAGAGGCUAGGACACUCGCAUCAAUGCUGAAGGAUGCUGAACGAAAAAAUGAAGAUCUUGAGGCAUUAUUGAAAGCACAGCAGGUUGAAUCUGAACGGGUGCAAAGUGAUAUUGAACAGCUUUUUCAUCACAAUAGGAAGCUGCAGACAAUAGCUGAAGAACAUGAGAUACUGAAGAGAUCUUCCAUUGACCUUCUUGAAAAGUAUGAAACAGUUGAAAGUCAAUAUAAAGAUAUGCAGGUAACAUGUAAUUCACUGAAUAAACAACUUGAGACUAUUAAGAAGCUGAAUGAAUCACUAAAGCAACAAAAUGACAAAACUGUUGCUCAGUUACUAGAAACAGAAGAACAUAGAAAAGAAUUGCACAAAUUGUUACAAGAUAAAGAAGAAAAAAUAUCAAGUUUGCAACAAAAGGUAAAGAUUCAGGAAGAAAAACUGAAAGCCCGGCAGAAGGAAACAGCAGAUAUGGAAGAGACUAUAGAUAUCCUUAGAAAGGAAUUAAGUAAAACAGAGCAGGCAAGAAAAGAACUGAGUAUUCAGGCAUCUUCCUUGGAAGUUCAGAAGUCACAGCUAGAAGGACGACUGGAAGAAAAAGAGGCCUUAAUCAAACUCCAGCAAGAAGAGUUGAACAAACAUUCUCAUAUGAUAGCAAUGAUACAUAGUUUAAGUGGUGGUAAAUUAAAUGCAGAGACUGUGAAUCUCAGUUUAUAGUACUGAUUAUCUAAUAUUGUAUUAACUUAAGAGUCAACCAACAUUAAUAUGCGCCUUAAGUAUUGUUACGUAAAGAAAAUUCUGAUUGUCAUUCUUGAAAAUUGCUUUUAUUUUGAACGUUUUGUUUAUUUUGACACGAUAUUAGCUCCCUUUUUGACACGAAUGUCCCCACUUCUGUCAGCUGCUAUGGAGGCCUUAUUUCCUGGUUUGACAAGCAAUUACUUGACAUCAUUCUGAAAAGGAGCAGACUAGAGAUCCUUUUGAUGCACAUCCUAUCCCUGAUAGUGGGAAUUGUGAUGGAUGGGUAGGUGGCACUCCACUUCUGGGCUGACAUUACAUGUGGUUUCAAAGUCAGUUUUGAAUGUCAUGCAUAUAAAAAUGUAUAUAGUUGAGUCCAGCUGUUUAACACACAAACCCAGAAAUUAAAGGGGCAACAUCCAAAAUGUAUGUAAGAUACAUUUUUAAAAGCAAUGAAUUGCACAUAAUUCAAAUUCCUACAUUAUGUAUUAAUUGAUAGCUGAUAGCCUAUUAAUGUCUAGUUUCCAAGAAAUAGAAAACACUAGUGUGUAUAUUCAGCUUAAACCAUUUAUCUUCCAGUAUUAAAUCCUAUCGAGUUCCACUUGCUACUUUUCAGUUUUUAGGUUUCUGAAAAUGUCUGUAGUUUAUCAACUUUAUCUGACAAUCGCAAGCUAUCAAUUCUUCACUGUGUAAAGAUUUUUAGAAAAAAAAAUUGAAUCUUCAUUAUACAUAUUUUUGCUACAUUUAGGUAAAGCUAGAAUUCCAUAUAUUUUUAAACUACUGCCUGAAUAUUUUUCAGCUAAUGGACUUAAAUGAGAAUAUAUAUUUUAAAAAUAACUUUGAACAUAAAGCAAAGGUAUGCAUUUUGCUCAAGUACAAUACCCUAUCUAUCUCCCAUGCAUUUUAAUGAAAGAAACUUGACAAUGUUUGGAGAUAUUAAAAUUCUGAAACUCAGUGAACAAUAAUUCCACUUGGAGUGGACUGAUGUAAAGCCAGAAUGCCAUCAAUCUUAUUUAACUUUUGCUUUGACUCCCUAUGUCUCUAUCUUCUACUCUAGCUAUGUGGCCUUGAUGCUGUCACUACAUUUUAGAAAGCAUCCUCUGUUUGUGUCUCAGUGGCUUUUGCCUUUUUAAAAUGAAAUAUUUAUUAUGGGCAUAUUUUUAUAAGUGUUCUUUUGUAAUUUUUUAGAUGUCAUUUAUCUCUGCGAAAGGAAAUAAAACAUUAAUUCCA